AACAUCAAAAUGGAAAAACAAGAGGUAUCAUCAGUUCACAACCAUCCUUUGUUACCUUUUACUCGAUUUUUUUUCGGUAGCUGUGAAGGGUGUGGUUUUUAUGGUAACAUUUACGGCGGGUAUCGUUGCAAUGAGUUGGGGUGUGGUGAUGAUGCUGUGUUUCAUAAAGAGUGUGGUGAGGCCCUGCCAGAAAUCAACCACCCUUCCCAUCUCGACCAUCCUCUCAAGUUAUUCAGACAUGAUGUUGAGUAUUCAUGUAGUUUAUGUGGGGGAUGGGGAUCCCCUUUUGGCUAUUCUUGUUCAAUUUGUGAUUUCAAGUUGGAUAUGGUCUGUGCAACACAAUCCUCCCCACUUGCUAUUCUUGCGAAGCCUAGUAGUGCGCACGAACAUCCACUUGAACUCUGCCAUUCUUCCAAGAUUGUUGGUGACGACGACAUGUCCAAGAGAGAUUGCAAAUUGUGCGAUCACCCAUGUGAUCACUCCCGAUACAAGUAUAUGUGUGUUCAGUGCAAACUGCACAUCCAUGUAGAAUGUGCCAUAUUUAUUCCAGAGGCGUACCACACUUCCCAUCCUAAACACUCACUCAAGUUCCUAAAGAGUAAAGCAGCACCUACUUACGCCGACACAGAAUGUAUUAUUUGCGGGGGAAGCUUUUGUGAACAACUUCACCACUGUGAUAUUUGCAAUUUCAACAUAUGCAGAAUGUGCAUGAGAGACCCACCACCACUUGUUGUUGUAACCCCAACCACUCAUGAGCAUCAACUCCAUCUUUUUCCUAGACACCUCGAGUUUACUUGCAAUGCUUGUGGGACCAAAGGUGACCGAAGCCCUUAUUUCUGUUUUCAAUGCAAUUUCGUGAUCCAUGGGGGCUGUAUUGAUUUACCACGUGUCAUAAACAUCAACCGCCAUGAUCACCGUAUUUCUUACACCCCUCGCCUUGGACAUGGGGAGUGGAAAUGCAAAGUUUGUCGUAAGAAAGUCGAUGGCUUUUAUGGAGCUUAUUCUUGCUCAAAAUGUCCUACUUUUGUUGUUCAUGCAAGGUGUGCAACAAGAGAAGAUGUUUGGGACAUGGUCGAAUGGGAAGGGAUACCCGAAGAAGAAGAGGAAAUUGCACCAUACGAAGUGAUUGAUGAUAAAACGAUAAAACAUUUCCUCCAUGAUCAUAACUUACACAUCAACAAGGAUGGUGAGAUCCUCCAAGAAAGCCAACUUUGUAAAGCGUGCGAGUUCCAGAUUUGUUCAGAGUCGUUCUACAAAUGUGAGUCAUGCUGUUUUUUGCUCCACACAAAAUGCGCUAACCUUCCUCGGAAGAAACGGCAUGUCUGCGACAACCUUCCUCUUAUGCUACAAAGGACAAGUACCGUUGACGAAGCUUCUUACUGUGAACUUUGUCAUCAAAGGUUCACCGGUUUCAGGUACGCUAAUCAUCAUAUGUGUGUAGAUGUACGAUGCAUUUCAUUUCCAGAACCAUUUGUGCAUGGAAGCCAUCCACAUCCUUUGUACUAUGGAAAACACUUCGAAGUUUGUAAUGGGUGUGAAUGGCGGAAGACAGGAAAUUUAGUUUGUGAUGAAUGUGACUUCAGUUUGUGCUUCAAGUGCGGUCUUUUACCAAAAAAGGUAAUGAGGCAGAGAUACGACGAUCAUCCUCUCUCCUUGUCUUAUGGUGAAAAUAGUGUCGAUGGCGAAUAUUGGUGUGAAGCAUGUGAAACGACACUGGACCCGGAGAAAUGGUUUUAUACAUGCAAUGAUUGUGGAGUUGUGUUACAUAUUUCAUGCAUUUUGGGAGACUUCACAUACAUUGAGCCAGGUCCAUGUCUUUUAGAAGGUCGGCGUGCAGAAGUUAUACCCAACACCUCUGUUCUUAAAGCAUUCUGCACCAGGUGUAGCAAGAGAUGCACUCUCCCUUCCAUUCUGAAGGUUUCGAAGUAUGGAGUUGUUGAAUACUUUUGCUCUUACAGUUGUUUUAUGAUAGUUUGACAGGUCUGCGUCAUAAUAGCAGGCAUACAUCAAUAAGUUGUACCGAACACCUC